AUGAGCGGACUCAGCAAUGCUGCCAAGGAAAUACACAAUUUGCUGAUUGCUAAUCAGGGAUCAUCUUUGGCCCAGGAAGAAAUCCUUGAACAUUUCAAAGGAAAGGAUCUGGGCGAAGAUAAGAUCGAAUCUGUAGCUGAUCUGAUGAAACACAUCCAAGAACUUCUUAACCGCCAACUCAUCAAUUUGAGCCAACAGGGAACUACCCUAAAAUUCAGUGGAGUAGAUUUGAAACAGGCUAGUAAGAUCUCAAAUAUGUCUCAAGAUGAAGCCAUGAUUUACUCCUAUAUCGAAGGUUCAGGGAGGGAAGGAAUCUGGACGAAGACAAUCAAAGCCAAAACAAAUUUACAUCAACACAUAGUACUAAGAUGCUUGAAAUCAUUAGAAAAUCAGAGCUUUAUUAAGUCCGUAAAGUCUGUGAAGCAUCCCACCAGAAAAAUCUAUAUGUUAUACCAUCUUACCCCAUCUAUUGAAGUCACAGGCGGACCUUGGUUCACUGAUAGUGAGCUAGACACAGAAUUCAUAGACAGUUUGUUGAUUAUAAUAUGGCGGUUUAUUGCUAAUAAGACGUAUCCUAAUUUAUUUGGUACUGAGGGCAAUAAAGCUCAGUUGUAUGAAUUUAGUGUUGGUUUGAAUAAUGCACCCGAUGUAGCUCAGAUUAACAAAUUUAUCCGUGGAUCCGGUAUUACGAACAUUGAACUCACAGACGAUGAUGUUAGGUCACUUUGUGAUGUAUUAUGCUACGAAGAAAAGAUAGAAAAGUUGGAAAAGUUUGGUAAAGUGGAUAGUUACAAAGUGACAUGGCACAGCGUUGAAGAAGCAGUGAAGUUGGAUGAACCAGAGGGAGAUGUUGCCCCUAUAUUCACCUUUUAUGACAACCACAAAGUUGUUAACGCUAUCGACAUUGAAAACCCAGAUCAGAACUACUAUUUGGAUGCAUAUUUGAAUCAGUAA